AUGUCGCUGCUCACAGACAAAGACUUUGUGGAAGGGUUACCAAGUGCCUUGGACCUGUUUACUAUGCCCCCAUACCAAACGAGUGUGUUUCAACAUUACUACGUAGACUGCAGGCCCAUCAGUCAAAUUACAGAUUCGUCCCCAGUAGAAUUCCAAAUUGCAAACAGUGGAAGCGACUACGUAGAUUUGAAACGUAGUCGUUUGCAUGUAAAGCUGAAAGUGAGCCACUCUGAUGGGACAGUUCUGGAUAAAGAUGAACACGUGGGUCCGGUAAACCUAUUCAUGCAAGCUCUGUGGUCGCAAGUCGCUGUGUACUUACAAGGUCAGUUGGUGAGUUCAGCGAACAAUCACUAUCCCUACAAAGCAAUUAUUGAAACCUUACUGAAUUAUGGAGCGGAUGCUAAACAGUCUCAACUUCAGUCACAGUUAUUUUACAAAGACAAAGGGGAGGUACAAACAGACAUUGAAAGCACAGAUCCCAUUACCGGUGCUAAUUCUGGAUUACUCAACAGAGGAGCAUUCAUCGCAAACAGUAAAACAAUUACCAUGGAAGGUGCACUAUGCGAAGAUAUUUUUAACAUAGGUAGAUAUCUGGUGAAUGGCGUGGAUAUUACUAUAAAGCUAUUUCGGAGUUCCGUUCCCUUUUGUCUGAUGUCCGGCAAGACUGGUCAGGAAUACAUGAUCGAGUUGCAAGAUAUCUAUUUCAAGAUAUGUAAACUGAAAAUGAACAGUGCCCUGAUUCUGACUCACAACAAGCUGUUUGAAAAAUCCAACGCCCUUUAUCCAUUCACUAAAACCGAAGUUAAAAUGAGUAGUAUUCCAUUUUCUCAACAAAGUUACGUGUGGGACAACGUGUAUCAGUCACAUUGUCCGGGUAGACUAGUUGUUGGGUUUGUAAACGGUGAUGGUGUGACUGGAUCAUAUACAAAGAACCCUUUCAACUUCCAGAGUUCAUUUGUGAAAACUGUGUCUUUGUAUUUGGACGGUGUGAGCAUACCAGGUAGACCAGUAGAAGCCGAAGACAUAAGCGCCUACGUGAAUUUAUUCGAGGGAGUCAACAGAUGGGGUCAAGACAGUGGAAAUUACAUUAAAAGAUCCGAAUUUGUUUUGGGUCAUGGAUUGUUUGUGUUCAGUCUAGAACCUGUGUUUGUGGACUCUGAUUAUUUAAGCUUAAUUAAGAGUGGUAAUUUACGGUUAGAAGUACAGUUUAAAUCAGCACUGAAAAACACAGUCAGUUGCAUUGUGUAUGGGGAAUUUCCUAGCUUGAUUGAAAUCGAUCAGACCAGGAACGUGUUUGUUAAAUAA